AUGCCGCACCACCACACCAACAGCAGCGGCAGCAACAGCAGCAGCAGCAAAACUCGGCACCGCAGCCGCUCACCAGAUGAUCAGGAGCUGCAUCAGAGAGACAGCAGCAGCAGUAGCAGCAGCAAACCCAACGGUGCAGCCGGUAGUAGCCGGCACACCAGCAGCAGCAGCAGCAGCAAGGACGGAAGCGGAGCCCACAGGCUACACGAAGAUGUCCAGAAAAGUUCCCAUCAUCAGCACCCCCAUCACCACCAUCACAACAGCAGCAGUUCCGGCAAGGGCGGCAGCAGCAGUAAUAAACAUGCCGGCGGCGACAGGGAAAGCAGGGCUGGUACCGUCAGCAACAAGCACGACCACAAAAGCAGCGGCAACAAACACAGCCACGACAGCAGCAGCAGCCGCAAAGAGAGCGGCGGCGGUCAGCGCAGCAAUAGAAGUAGCGGCAGCAGCACCGCUGAGCAGCCCCGCAGUGUGGAGAAGUCUUCCCACGAUGCGCCCAGCAGCAGCAAGAGCAACGAAGCCAACAACACCAGCGGCAAAAGCAUUAGCAACAGCAGCAACAGCAAAUCGGGAAAAAAUUGCAAUAGCAAUGAGCCUGGACCGGCCACGGCUGCAACACAAAAAAGCGACAGCAGCAGCAGCGAUGAUGAGUUCGGUCCGAAACCAAUUGAGGCCGCGGGAGCACCCCAGCGAAAGCGGCGUCGCCUGAGACAUGAGGCUUUGCUUCUUGAGCAGCUCCCAAGUGCAAAUAGGUACAGCAAGAGCUUCAUGCACAGAGAGCAAAUUAUAUUCGUUGUGGCGAGUUCUGCUCACCACUUCAUUCUGAGCGGUUCUGUCGAUGGGCAUGUAAAAUUUUGGAUCCAGAAGGAGGGAGGCAUAGAGUUUGUCAAGCACUUUAGGGCCCACAUAGGAGAAUUGCACUGCCUGUGCAUCUCCAGAGAAGACGGAGGAGACCACGCGGCAUCUGUUGGGGCUGACAAAACUUUGAGGAUGUUCGAUGUGUGUAAUUUCGACAUGGCUUGCCUCGUUUCGCUCGACUUUGUCCCCUGGGCCUGCGAGUUCGUCUCUAGAAAAGGAGAGCCAACUCCCCUCGUUGCGGUAUCGGACAAAGAUAGCCCAAGUGUGGUGGUGCUGAAGCCGUUGCUGCAUUGCGCGAAGCCGGUGGUCACCUUCUCUCUCCACGCGUCUCCCGUGCGCUUGUUGGCCCAUGUCGGUGGUACUGACAUUUGCUUUUCAGCAGACAAAGACGGAGGGCUCGAAAUGUGGAGUAUACAGUCAGGCCGUAGAGUCUCUAAAGAGAGCCAUCCUGCACAGAUAGGUUUUGAAUUCAAGGCGGAAACGCACCUCUUUGACCUACAGAGAAACGGAACGACCCCGCUGGCGAUCGCCGCAAGUCCUAACGGGCAGUGGCUGGCUGUCUUUGGCGCCGACUACCACUUGAGGAUUUUCAGUGUCCGGAAGGCGAAGCUUAGUCGAGUCUACCUCGAGACGCUCCAGUUCUACGAAAUGGCCCAGAAAGACCCGCAGUCGGUUAUGCUGCACCAAGACGCACUGGAUUUCGAGCAACGAGCGGCCCUUGAGAAGGAACUAUCGCGUUCCCCUCUUCGUUUCCACCAGACCCUUCUGUUUGACGCUUCUUCAUCCUUUCUUCUCUAUCCGGUUCUUCUCGGGGUUAAAGUCCUAAAUAUACUUGACAAUAAAGUCUGCCGCUUCAUCGGUCGCCACGAGCAAGGCUUGCGGUACCUGGCGAUUGCUCUUCAUCAGUCCUGUGCAAGCCGUCGACUUGCCAAAGCCACAGGGGGUUCCAACGAUGCAAUUUUGAUCGCAUCGGCGUUCAAGAAGAAACGGGUCUACUUUUUCACCCCAGAAGUUCCGUCCGAGGACAUAUUAGACACGCGCGAUAUCUUUAAUGAGAAGCCUUCUAAGGAGGAGCAGGAGUCACUAGGCGCUGCAUCUGGACACUCUGCCAUGACUCCCGCCCAGCGUGUGGGUUCGACGGCCACACUGCACACGACUUUUGGUGACAUUCGCGUCAAACUAUUUGGAACCGAGUGUCCCAAGACCGUGGAAAACUUCACAGUCCACGCGCGGAAUGGCUAUUAUGACAACAUGCUCUUCCACAGAGUUAUUAAGGGCUUUAUGAUCCAAACGGGAGAUCCCAAUGGAGAUGGAACGGGCGGGGAGUCGAUUUGGGGCGGCGACUUUGAGGAUGAGUUACACAGGUCUCUGAAGCACGACAGGCCUUUCACUUUAUCCAUGGCGAAUGCGGGUCCCAAUACCAACGGAUCUCAGUUUUUCAUCACCACUGUGCCUUGUCCAUGGCUGGACAUGAAGCACACUGUCUUCGGCAGAGUCACGCAUGGCGCAGAUGUUGUUCUGAAGAUCGAAGGAGUGAAAACUAACAUGAACGACAAGCCUCUGCAAGACGUGAAGUUGCUGACCAUCAAAAUUACUUCUUAA